AUGGCCGCAUUAGGUAUCUUCUGCUUGGCAUACACGGUUAUUAUAGGUAAGAGCCCAGCCACUAUAAUGGUGGCGCCCAAGGGACAAUGCCAAUCUUGCUGUCCGAUAAACAUCAAAGAAGACAUUACAUUUAUAUCCUAUACAACGGAAAACCCAAAUGAACCACGUCAGAUAUUAGUAAACGAUGACGAGUCACUGCGUAGGUCUCAAAUAGACAGAAACAAACUUACAGUGAUCUACGUGUACGGAUUCACUGAGCAAUACACAUCAAUAGGCGGUACUUCUAUGAAGAAUGCGUACCUUCGCCGUGGAGGAGUAAACGUUAUACUCGUCGAGUGUAGUAAGUUGAUUGCAUUCCCGUGGUACAAUUUUGCGGUUCGCAAUACAAAGGUAGUCGGACAGUAUUUGGCCAGAUUCAUCGAAUAUUUAGUGAGUCAAGGGUUCAGGUUGUCCAAUAUCCACGUGAUCGGUUUUAGUCUGGGUGCAGAAAUCGCUGCAUUCGCCGGCAAGGAACUCAAAAUCGGAAAACUACCCAGAAUUACAGGGUUAGACCCGGCAUAUCCUCUUUACCGAGGAACUAACAAUAAAGGUCACCUGACGCCGUCUGAUGCAAAGUUCGUGGAUGUCAUACACACUGACGGCGGAGAGUUUGGAUUUCCCGUUCCAAUGGGUCACGUCGACUUCUUUCCAAAUGGUGGCUUUCCUAUACAGCCUGGAUGUUCAACGCCAAAAUAUAAGGAAUUAAAUAAGGUUUUCGGAUACGCAACCUGUAGUCACGUAAGGGCUUGGAAAUAUUACAUCGAAUCCAUACAAAAUCCUUAUGGUUUUCCGUCUGUUAGUUGCCACUCGUACGAUGCAUUCAAUAGCGGUAAAUGCCUGAGGGAUUUGAACAACAGCAAUGGCCAGAUUGUUCAAUACAUGGGAAUAGCUGCUAACGAAAAGAUCAGAGGUCAAUUUUAUUUAAAUACUAGAACCACAGAACCAUUUGCGAUCAAUUAA